AUGAAAUCAUUUAAACUAAUAUUUUUAAUUUAUUUAAUAUUUAAUAUUUCUUUAGGUUUUGAAAAUAACCCACAACAAAAUGAAUAUCACAAUAAAAUUUCCUAUAAAAUAAAAAAACUAACAACAACAAAUAACAACAGUGAAAAUAAUAAAAUAUGGAUAAAUUUUAAAUCAAAAGAUAGCACUGUUGAUAAUUAUACUUUCAGUUCACAUAAAAUAAAAAAUAUAGUUUCAAAAGAAAGUAUAAAUCGAAGAAAUACAAGAUCAAACAAACAAAUCAGUGAUGAAAAUGUAAUAGACAUUUACGAUCUACCAGUUGACGAAAAGUCAAUAAAUGAAAUUAAAGAAUGUGCUAAUAAAUUCAAAUCAAAUAUUGAAAUUAAAUAUAAAUCAAAUUGGUUAAACUCAGUAUCAGUAAUAAUUAAAUCACCAUCAAAAAAUCACUUUAAUAAUACUAUUAAUUGUAUAUCAGUAAAUAAUAAUGUAAAAUCAAUUAACUCUGUUGAAAAAAUUAAAAUUUUAAAACCAUUUAAAGUAAAUCAACAACAACAACAACAACAACAACAACAACAACAACAACAACAACAACAACAACAACAACAAAAUGAAUCACCAUCUGAAGAAUUAAGAUUUUAUGGUAAAUCGUAUCAGUCAAUUAAACAAAUAAAUAUAGAUAAAUUACAUAAACUAGGUUUCGAUGGGUAUGGGGUUAAAAUAUUAGUUAUGGAUAGCGGCUUCUGGAAAGAUCAUGCGGUUUUUCAAAAAAUGAAGAUAAUGGGUGAACAUAACUUUAUAAACAAUUCAACCAAUACAACCAACCCAUUUAAUCCAAAUAAUCAAGAAGCAAUGAAUUCCGAUAAUUUUCAUGGAACUGCGGUUUUAUCAGUUAUAGGGGGAUAUUUACCUGGAGAAUUAAUAGGACCGGCAUACAAUGCAUCAUUUUAUUUGGCUAAAAUAUUAGAUAAUGAAGAAAUAUGGAAUACAGAUGGCAUUGGUUCAGAAGAUGCAUAUAUUGGAGCAUUAGAAUAUGCAGAAAGAAAUGGUAUAGAUAUAGUAACAACAAGUGUUGGGGGAUAUUACGGUAACUAUUACGAAACAAAUUAUGUUGAAUCCCCAAUAUCUAUUGCAUCUACAAUAAUGGUUUCAAAAGGUGUUAUUUUUGUAAAUUCUGCUGGUAAUAACGGUGAGUUCAACAUGGGUGUUGCUGAGCCCUCCAAUCUAAAAGAUGUAAUUUCGGUUGGGUCUGUAGAUUUUGAUAAUAAUAGGUCAUAUUUUAGCUCGAGUGGUCCAAAUGUACAAGGAAUAAUAAAACCAGAUGUUAUGGCAGGGGGCUCUCAAAUUUAUUGUGCAGAUCUAAUAGACAAUAGUUUUACCUUUUACUAUGGGACAAGUUUCUCUGCUCCGAUAACUGCUGGUGCUAUUGCACUAUUACUACAGGCCCAUCCAAAUUGGAAAGUGUAUCAAAUUCAUGAAGCUUUGUUAAGUACUGCAUCUUUAUCAUCCUCACCAAAUAAAAAAAUGGGUUUUGGAGUCGUUGAUGCAUUUGCAGCAUUUAAUUACAAACAAAUAAAUCAAACCUGUGAUCAAGUUGGAUGUUCAAACAACAAUGGUAUAUGCUGCAAUGGUAAAUGUCAAUGUGCAGAUGCAUACUACGGUACAUUUUGCCAAUAUCAUAAAGUAAAAUGCGGGGACGAAUGUAAUUUCGAUUAUAGUGGUAAAGAUUCAAAUUUUGAAUAA